UGCAAACGACGGGGGAGCCAACUCGUUCCCUCGACGGCUCUCCAUUUCGGUUUGAUUUAUCCAUAGCUUUGCUGUUCACUUUGACCUUUAGGUUUAGAUAAAAGAGAAGCGGAAUGAAGUUCUAGACACUUUAUGUUGGCCUUCCGUGUUAGCCACAAUUUUAUUUCAUUAGCUGUGUUUUUUUCUUCUCGUCAUUUGCUGUGAGACGGCAAAGACUUGAUGAUCCAACAAGAAAGAAAGUAACCUCCCCUCAGUGUGUUUCCUGCAGCGGUGGAUGAGUCGGUGGCUGCAGGUCUGAGCAGCGGGUGUUUGGCUCAUCGGGCACGGGGGAGUCGGAGUGGCGCGGCGGCAUCAUGGCGGACGUGGACCCGGACACGCUGCUGGAAUGGCUGCAGAUGGGACAGGGCGACGAGCGCGACAUGCAGCUCAUCGCCCUCGAGCAGCUCUGCAUGCUCCUGCUCAUGUCCGACAACGUGGACCGCUGCUUUGAGACGUGUCCACCGCGGACGUUUCUCCCGGCACUGUGUAAGAUCUUCCUGGACGAGAGCGCCCCGGACAACGUGCUUGAAGUGACGGCCAGGGCCAUCACCUACUACCUGGAUGUGUCGGCCGAGUGCACUCGCCGCAUCGUCGGUGUGGACGGAGCCAUCAAGGCCCUGUGCAACCGGCUGGUGGUGGUGGAGCUCAACAAUCGCACCAGCCGAGACCUGGCCGAGCAGUGCGUAAAGGUGCUGGAGCUGAUCUGCACGCGCGAGUCGGGUGCUGUGUUUGAGGCGGGCGGCCUGAACUGUGUGCUGAGUUUCAUCCGGGACAGUGGGCACCUGGUGCACAAAGACACACUGCACUCGGCCAUGUCCGUGGUCUCGCGCCUCUGCAGCAAGAUGGAGCCCCAGGACUCUUCCCUGGAGACCUGCGUGGAGUCGCUGUCCAGCCUACUCAAGCACGAGGACCAUCAGGUGUCUGACGGAGCGCUGCGCUGCUUCGCCUCGCUGGCGGACCGCUUCACGCGCCGCGGCGUGGACCCGGCCCCGCUGGCCACGCACGGCCUCACCGAGGAGCUGCUCUCACGCAUGGCUGCCGCGGGCGGCGUGGCAACCGGCCCGUCCUCCGCCUGCAAGCCCGGACGCACCUCCACGGGGCCUGCCCCUUCGUCCGCCGACUCCAAGCUCAGCAACCAGGUGUCCACGAUCGUCAGCCUGCUGUCUACGCUGUGCCGCGGCUCUCCGCUCGUCACUCACGACCUGCUGCGGUCCGAGUUGCCUGACUCCAUGGAGAGUGCGCUGCAGGGAGACGAGCGCUGUGUGCUGGACACCAUGCGACUGGUGGACCUGCUGCUGGUGCUGCUGUUCGAGGGACGCAAGGCGCUGCCCAAGUCCACCGCCGGCUCCAGUGGCCGCAUCCCCGGCCUGCGGCGCUUGGACAGCUCCGGGGAGCGCUCACACCGACAGCUCAUCGACUGUAUCCGCAGCAAAGACACGGACGCUCUCAUAGACGCCAUAGACACAGGAGCUUUUGAAGUAAAUUUCAUGGAUGAUGUAGGACAGACUCUCCUGAACUGGGCCUCAGCCUUUGGUACACAGGAGAUGGUGGAGUUUCUCUGCGAGAGAGGUGCUGAUGUCAACAGGGGUCAGAGGUCAUCCUCCCUCCACUAUGCUGCCUGUUUCGGCCGACCUCAAGUAGCCAAGACUUUAUUGCGCCACGGAGCGAAUCCUGACCUAAGGGAUGAAGAUGGGAAGACCCCUCUAGACAAAGCCCGAGAGCGAGGCCACAGUGAAGUGGUGGCCAUCCUCCAGUCACCAGGAGACUGGAUGUGUCCCGUGAACAAGGGGGAUGAGAAGAAGAAGAAAGACGUGAAUAAGGAGGAGGAAGAGGGCAGCGAGCCUAAAGGAGACCCUGAGAUGGCCCCCAUCUACCUGAAGAGGCUGCUUCCUGUCUUUGCACAAACCUUUCAGCAAACCAUGCUGCCUUCAAUUAGGAAAGCCAGCUUAGCCCUGAUCAGAAAAAUGGUGCACUACAGCUCUGAGGCGCUGCUUAAGGAAGUGUGCGACUCUGACGCCGGGCACAACCUGCCCACUGUGCUGGUGGAGAUCACGGCCACUGUCCUGGAUCAAGAGGAUGAUGAUGACGGGCACCUGUUAGCACUGCAGAUCAUCAGAGACCUCGUGGACAAAGGAGGGGACGUGUUCCUGGAUCAGCUCGCGCGGCUGGGGGUCAUCAAUAAGGUGUCCACUCUGGCCGGCCCCACCUCUGACGAUGAGAACGAGGAGGAGUCCAAACCUGAGAAGGAGGAUGAGCCGCAGGAAGAUGCCAAAGAGAUCCAGCAGGGCAAGCCGUACCACUGGCGCGACUGGUCCAUCAUCCGCGGCCGCGACUGCCUGUACAUCUGGAGCGACGCGGCCGCACUCGAGCUCUCCAAUGGCAGCAACGGCUGGUUCCGCUUCAUCCUGGACGGCAAGCUGGCCACCAUGUACUCCAGCGGCAGCCCCGAGGGGGGGUCUGACAGCUCAGAAAGCCGAAGUGAGUUCCUGGAGAAGCUCCAGCGCGCUCGCAGCCAGGUGAAGCCCGUGACGGCCAGCCAGCCCAUCCUCUCCGCUGUGGGGCCCACCAAGCUCACGGUGGGAAACUGGUCUCUGACCUGCCUGAAGGAGGGCGAGAUCGCCAUCCACAACUCGGACGGACAGCAGGCCACCAUCCUCAAGGAGGACCUGCCCGGCUUCGUCUUCGAGUCCAACCGCGGCACCAAACACUCCUUCACCGCAGAGACCUCCUUAGGCUCGGAGUUCGUGACCGGUUGGACCGGCAAGCGGGGCAGGAAGCUGAAGUCUAAGCUGGAGAAGACGAAACAGAAGGUGAAGACCAUGGCCAGAGACCUGUACGACGACCACUUCAAGGCGGUGGAGAGCAUGCCCAGAGGGGUGGUGGUCACCCUGAGGAACAUCGCCACCCAGCUGGAGUCGGCCUGGGAGCUGCACACACACAGACAGUGCAUCGAGGGAGAGAACACGUGGCGGGAUCUGAUGAAGACGGCCCUGGAAAACUUGAUUGUGGUCUUGAAGGAUGAAAACACCAUCUCACCCUACGAGAUGUGUAGCAGUGGCCUCGUGCAGGCCCUCCUCACAGUCCUUAAUAAUAAUGUGGAACUCGACAUGAAGAAUGAUUGUAAGCCAUUGAUGGAGAGGAUAAAUGUAUUUAAGACUGCGUUCAGUGAAAAUGACGGCCAUGAAAGCUUUUACCUCAGCAGCAGACCCGCCGUUGCCUUAAUCCGGAAGCUGAUCGCAGUUCUGGAGUCCAUAGAACGGCUACCUCUGCACCUGUACGACACGCCGGGCUCCACCUAUAACUUACAGAUCCUGACCCGGCGGCUGCGGUUCCGUCUGGAGCGGGCCCCAGGAGAGACGGCCCUGAUCGACCGCACCGGCCGCAUGCUGAAGAUGGAGCCGCUGGCCACUGUGGAGUCCCUGGAGCAGUAUCUGCUCAAGAUGGUGGCGAAGCAGUGGUACGACUUCGACCGCUCCUCCUUCAUCUUUGUGCGGAAGCUGCGUGAGGGCCAGAACUUCACCUUCAGACACCAGCACGACUUUGACGAGAACGGCAUCGUCUACUGGAUCGGCACCAAUGCCAAGACGGCCUAUGAGUGGGUCAACCCUGCCGCGUACGGCCUGGUGGUGGUGACGUCAUCGGAGGGCCGGAAUCUUCCGUACGGGCGGCUGGAAGACAUCCUGAGCCGCGACAGCUCGGCGCUGAACUGCCACACCAACGACGACAAGAAUGCCUGGUUCGCCGUGGACCUGGGCCUGUGGGUCAUCCCCUCGGCCUACACGCUCCGCCACGCCCGCGGCUACGGCCGCUCCGCCCUGCGCAACUGGAUGUUCCAGGUGUCCAAGGACGGACAGAACUGGACCACACUCUACACACACGUGGACGACUGCAGCCUCAACGAGCCUGGGUCCACGGCCACCUGGCCUCUCGACCCGUCUAAGGAGGAGAAGCAGGGCUGGAGGCACAUCCGCAUCAAGCAGAUGGGCAAGAACGCCAGCGGCCAGACUCACUACCUCUCCCUGUCUGGCCUCGAGCUCUACGGCACUGUUAGCGGGGUCUGUGAGGACCAGUUGGGUAAAGCUGUGAAGGAGGCAGAGGCCAACCUGCGCAGGCAGCGUCGGCUGUUCCGCUCGCAGGUCAUGAAGUACAUUGUGCCGGGGGCACGCGUCGUUCGGGGCAUCGACUGGAAGUGGCGCGAUCAGGAUGGCAAUCCUCCCGGAGAGGGCACAGUAACAGGCGAGGCACACAAUGGCUGGAUUGAUGUCACCUGGGAUGCCGGUGGCUCAAACUCAUACCGUAUGGGGGCGGAAGGGAAGUUUGACCUCAAGCUUGCUCCAGGUUACGACCCUGAGUCUGCGCCGUCACCCAAACCUGUCUCAUCCACUGUUUCAGGCACGCCGCCGUCCUGGAGCAGCCUGGUGAAAAAUAACUGUCCGGACAAGGGCGGCUCGAGCCCGGCGGCGGGGGCCAGCUCGUCCAGCCGGAAGGGCAGUAGCAGCUCGGUGUGUAGCGUGGCCAGCAGCAGCGACGUCAGCCUCAGCUCCACCCGCGUGGAGCCGAGGAGGGCCGAGAGCCUGCUGGAGUCGGGUGUGCUUGGGGGUGGCGUUCUCGGGGCGGUGGCCGGAGGAGGAGCUGGGGGCCCCGGGGCCGAGGGGCAGGAGCCGGUGGUGGUGCUGUCCUCGUCCCCUGGCACCACCGCGACCAGCGACGCGGGUUCGGCGUCCAGCAGCGGCACGCUGACGGCUGACGGCGCGGGCAGUGAGAACGAGCGCAAGACGCCCACCAGCGAGCGCCAGGCGGCAGCAGCGGCGGCAGCAGCAGCCGACAUCGCCGCCAUCUCCAUGGGCCUGGUGAGUGUCAGCUCGCCCGACGUCAGCUCCGUGUCGGAGUCCUCCAGCAAGAACGAGCCGUCCCAGCGGCCCCUGUGCUCGGCGGCCAGCGCUCGGCUGUCGGUCAGCUCGCUGCUGGCAGCCGGCGCGCCCAUGAGCUCCAGCGCCAGCGUGCCCAACCUGUCGUCACGGGAGGCCAGCCUCAUGGAGUCGUUUGUGCGCCGCGCCCCAAACAUGUCGCGCACCAACGCCACCAACAACAUGAACUUGAGCCGCAGCAGCAGCGACAACAACACCAACACACUGGGCCGGACAGUCAUGAGCACAGCCACUUCUCCGCUCAUGGGGGCUCAGAGCUUUCCUAACCUCACCAGUACUGGCACCACCUCCACAGUCACCAUGUCCACCUCCAUAGUAACCAGCAGCAAUAAUGUAGCCACGGCAACCACAGGUUUGUCUGUGGGCCAGUUGCUCAGUAACACGCUGACGACCAGCCUGACCUCCACCUCUAGCGAGAGCGACACAGGUCAGGAAGCUGAGUUUUCCCUCUAUGACUUUUUGGACAGCUGUCGUGCCAACACGCUGCUUGCAGAGCUGGAUGAUGAGGAGGAUCUACCCGAGCCUGACGACGAUGAUGACGAGAACGAGGAUGACAAUCAGGAGGACCAGGAGUAUGAAGAGGUUCUGGAGGAGGAGGAGUAUGAAACCAAAGGUGGCAGGCGCAGGACGUGGGAUGAUGACUUUGUGCUGAAGCGUCAGUUUUCAGCCCUAGUGCCCGCCUUCGACCCGCGACCCGGCCGCACCAACGUCCAGCAGACCACUGACCUUGAGAUCCCCCCACCAGGUACCCCACGCUCUGAGGUGCAGGAGGAGGUGGAGUGUGCCCCCUCCCCCCGUCUGGCCCUCAUCCUGAAGGUGGCCGGGCUGGGCAGCACACGGGAAGUCGAGCUACCUCUGUCCAACUACAAGUCCACCAUCUUCUACUACGUCCAGAAGCUGCUGCAGUUCUCAUGUGGCGGCAGCAUCAAGUCCGACAAGCUGCGGCGCAUCUGGGAACCCACCUACACAAUAAUGUACAGAGAAAUGAAGGACUCCGACAAGGAGAAGGAGAAAGGAAAGAUGGGUUGCUGGUCUUUAGAGCAUGUGGAACAGUACCUUGGCACUGAUGAAUUACCAAAGAAUGACUUGAUAACCUACAUGCAGAAGAAUGCAGACUCCUCUUUCCUGCGCCACUGGAAAUUAACCGGAACUAAUAAGAGUAUUAGGAAAAACAGAAAUUGUUCUCAGCUCAUAGCUGCAUACAAGGAUCUGAGUGAGCGCGGCUGCCGGUUGUCAGGCUGGGUGGCGGCCCUGGGCUCCCUGCAGAGCUGCGAGAUCCUGAGUGCCGUGCGCGAGCCUCCCCAGGCCAAGGCUGGCACCCCCCAGAGCGCCUGCGGCAUGGAAGACGUGCUGCAGCUGCUGCGCAUCCUCUACAUCAUCGGGGGAGACGUGGGACGCAGCAUUCAAGAAGAUUUUGAAGAUCUUCAGUUCAAUGCUUCACCUGAAGAAUUCACCAGCAAAAAAGUCACUACUAAGAUUCUACAGCAGAUAGAGGAGCCACUGGCCCUGGCGAGUGGAGCCCUCCCUGACUGGUGUGAGCAGUUAACCAGCAAGUGUCCUUUCCUCAUCCCUUUCGAGACCCGGCAACUUUACUUCACCUGCACAGCGUUUGGAGCCUCAAGAGCGAUAGUGUGGCUGCAGAAUCGGCGGGAGGCCACCAUGGAGCGGUCGCGGCCGUCCACCACGGUACGGAGGGACGACCCUGGCGAGUUUCGUGUUGGCCGUCUAAAGCACGAGCGCGUGAAAGUCCCCCGCGGCGACAGCAUGAUGGAGUGGGCCGAGAGCGUCAUGCAGAUCCACGCCGACAGGAAGUCUGUCCUAGAGGUUGAGUUCCAGGGCGAGGAGGGCACGGGCCUGGGACCCACGCUAGAGUUCUACGCCCUCGUGGCGGCCGAGUUCCAUAUUUUUGCUUGA